GGCGGCGGCGGCGGGAGUCGGGACGCGCGGCGAGAGGGGCGCCCCCGCCGGCCCCUCUGGGAACAUGGCGACCGGCGGCUACCGGAGCGGCGGCAGCAGCAGCAGCAGCACCACCACCACCACCACGGACUUCCUGGAGGAGUGGAAGGCGAAGCGCGAGAAGAUGCGCGCCAAGCAGAACCCCGUCCUCCCGGGCUCGGGAGGCGGCGGCGAUGCAGCCGCUAAGUCUCCCGCGGGGCAGCUGUCCCCAUCGGCGGCCACUACCGCCGCCGCCGCCGCCGCCGGGACCGCGGAGCUCCACCACGGCCCCGCGGGCGCGGCCGCACCUGCUGCCCCGGGGCCCACCGCCCUCAACUGCGCCCUGGGCCCCUCGGCGCUCCCCCGCGCCGCUCCCGGCUCCCGGCGGCCGGAGGAUGAGUGCACGACAUCCGCUGCAGCCGCGGGGGCGCCCGCAUCCCGGGGCGACGAGGAGGAGCCGGACGGAGCCCCGGACAAGGGCCGCAGCAGCUCGGGGCCCAGCGCCAGGAAAGGCAAGGGGCAGAUCGAGAAGAGGAAGCUGCGGGAGAAGCGGCGCUCCACCGGCGUGGUCAACAUCCCCGCCGCCGAGUGCUUAGAUGAGUACGACGAUGAUGAAGCAGGUCAGAAAGAGCGGAAUCGAGAAGACGCCAUCACACAACAGAACACCAUCCAGAACGAAGCGGCCAGCCUCUUAGAUCCGGGCACUUCCUACCUGUCCCAGGACCCGUCAAGAACAGUUCCAGGCAGAUACAAGAGCGCAACCAGUGCCUCUGAAGACGAUGUCUCAAGUAGAUAUCCCCGAGCAGACAGAAGUGGGUUCAGUAGACACAACAGAGAUAUAAACGCAGCAGGGAAUUUCGCCUCAAGUAGCACACUGGAGAAGAGAAUUGAAGAUCUCGAAAAGGAAGUAGUAAGAGAAAGGCAAGAAAACCUCAGGCUCGUGAGACUGAUGCAAGAUAAAGAAGAAAUGAUUGGAAAACUCAAGGAAGAGAUUGAUUUGUUAAAUAGAGACCUAGAUGACAUAGAAGAUGAAAAUGAACAGCUAAAGCAGGAAAAUAAAACUCUUUUGAAAGUUGUUGGACAGCUGACCAGGUAGAAGACCCAAGGCUCGGUGUGGAAAACCUGUUUUUAAACUACUGAUUGAAUGUCAUGGCUAAGGCAAAGAUGAUGCUCCUGUGAUGUAAUACGUUCAGAUAACUGUAUAUUUAUUUCUAGACAGCAGAUGGAUAUUGGUUUUUGAAAUUAUUCUUUUUUCAUUCUUAGUUUUACAAAGUAUCAACCUUGUAUUUCACAAAUUAGUGACAUUUUUUAGUUAUUACAAUGAUAGGCAAUGCCUCUUGGUUUUUUGUUUGAUAUUCCAAUAAUAUAUGGUUCAAAGUAACAGCCAUUUGCAUAUAUUUUAUCUAUGUUAGGACAUAUUCUCCCUAAAGGAAUAUGCAUAGUCUUUGUUUACAUGAAUUCAGAUACUUGGGGGAAUUGCCCACAAAUGCCUUAUUACUAAAGCGUGCAGCCUUCUGUGUGUUGAUAUUUUCUCAUAAAGACCUGGCUACUGUCACCUGUUCCUUCCACGUGCUCUAAUGAUUUCGAGUAGUAAUAGACACACUAUUUUGUAUAGCAGUAAUCUUUGAAAGGAAAGCUAUUUUACAAAGUCACCUAAUAUGUUCUAGUUGGCUAAAUAUAAACUUAAGAGAAUACUUGAACUGUGUUAUAGUAAGUGAAAAUUUACUAUGUUGUGUUUGAAUAUUGAAAAUUUUCAAUUACUUCUGAAAAACAGUUAAUGUAUAGUUUCUUAUGUAGGUACUAUUGUAUCAGGUGUUUUUUUUUUUUAACUGCUCUAGGGUUUAUUAGUAAAUAUGGAAUAUUUAAAAAGUUGUUUAUUCUUCAGGCCUCAAGUUGUAUACAGUUUCAGUGUUGAAGAAGAAAAUCAAUGCUUUUAAUAAUCACAUGCUUCAAAGUCAGAACCAAAAUAUUUUCUCCACACUAAAAAUAUUUAUACAUUUGUUAACCUAUGUAAGCUUAUAUACAUAUGAUGGAGAAUAGCUCUGCUGAUCCCUGAGUUGGGGAAACAUUGGGAUGUAUUUUUCCUCAUGAGAGAAUAGUCCCAUAUCCCAAAGUUACUGCUCCCUUACACUGAAAAUUGGAAAGCGAUCAUAUUUGAAGAUUCGUAAAAUAAAGUUGUCUUCUGUUAAAUGUCCUUAGUA